ACCUAUUUCUACAUUUCGUACUUAAUGGCAGUAUAAAAGGAUUUUCCAUUUGUAGGGAAUUCAUUCUAAUAUCUUUGUUUAAAGAAUAUUAGUGUUUCUUGUAAAAUGUCUCGCUUCGUAGUCCUCGCUAUCUUCGUCCAGGCUUGCCUGCUCCAGAUGGUUCUGAGCCAGAACUGCGGCUGCAACCAAAUCUCGUACGGCUGCAACCAAUACGGCGGCACCGGUACCGGCCAGGUGGGCGUGUCCGGCAACAUCGACGCGUGCGGCAACACAUGCGUGGUCGGCUCCGUGCCCGUGCUCGGCUCCGUCGACUUCGGCGGAUGCGUGCCCGCCCGCGGCUCCCUGUCCAUCUGCGGACAGUGCGGAUGCGGAUGCAAUUAAAUCAGGAUGCUGUUAUAGUGGAAUUGUCUUUUUUUAUUAAACGGCUCAUUACUU